AUGGCAAGACGCUCCAGCCGCUCACUUGACGCUCUAUACACGUCCAGACGCUCCCGCCUCCCGUCGCCAGCGGAUGGGCCCGGUUACUUGUACGCUUUCGUCGAUUCCGAUGUCUACUGGAAAGUAGGCAUGACAGGCAACUACGACCGCCGGAAGGCAGAGUGGGACAGACAGUUGUAUGGCGAAGGAAAGCUGAAUCGUUGGCGCACAUUUUAUUGGAACAUAGAUGCCUCAGCCGACCUCGCAACUACUGUGCUAACUGUUCCAAGGCACACAUUGAAAUAUUUAUCAUCCCUGGUCAUUGGUGGUAUAUCUGGGGAACUAUCAUUCUACCAGUCCUUGCAAGAGCAGCAGCUGCAUAAUGAUUCAGAGAACUCAAUCUUUUACCUAUGA